UUAUCCUGCUGCCGCCAUUUUGCCUUAGUCCGAGUCCGGCUGCGGCAGUCAACGAAGUGGAACGAGGUUUUUCCUACAUUACACAAUUGUUAUAAUCUUUUAAAAUCUAAAACUGGUAAUUAACACCGCAUACUUUGUUUACACAAUAUAUAUAGCUGUAUUGUAGUGUUAAAAUACAAAGGCGAAUAUUAGGGUAAUUACAAAAUAUUAGCCGUUUUAACAUUGAGCUAAUGCUAACGGUAAGGUCGGGAGAAAUUGGUGGUUUAGGUAGGCCUCUGUUGUUUAGCAUAAUCUUAAAUAACCCUAAACCGCACGAGCGUAGUGUGCCUGGAGUUGAGAAUGAAACACUAAAUAGAUUGUUACAGCAUUCUGGCAAUUGAAACUAGAUAGCCAGGCUAACUAAAAAAAAUCUAGAGUCACAUCAACAUUUUUCUAACGUUUCCCGAGUAGUAUCUUUCCAUCACUGCUGGGAAUCGGUCGUAGUUCGUCCCAGCUAGCGUUUGGCUACUAUUUAUUAUUCAAGAGACUCCAUACCACCACGGAGACACCCUACCAGCAGUGCGCUCAAGAGGGAGACGACAACACAGCCACCUCAGGGAGAUUCCUGUUGGUCCUGAAGAGAACCAUCGGCUGGGUUUAAAGUUCGUAGCCUCAUCACCUCCGCCACUCAAGGCAUAUACCAGCAUUACCAUGACCAACCAUGGAGAUGACUGCUACUUCUUUUACUAUUCCACCUGCACUAAAGGAGAUAGCUGCCCAUUCAGACACUGUGAAGCAGCAAUGGGCAAUGAGACAGUCUGCAACCUGUGGCAGGAAGGACGCUGCUUUCGGACCAUCUGCAAGUUUCGUCACAUGGAAAUCACAAAAAACCGAAAGGAGAUACCUUGUUAUUGGGAAAACCAGCCAGCUGGCUGCCAGAAGCCACACUGUGCCUUUCUCCAUGAAAAGGGCCGCCACAUUGAUGGCAUCUUCGUCCCACCUGAUAAAAGUCUGAGCAAGAAUGAGGAACAGCUACUUGAGGAGCCAGCUCCCCCAACAACUGCCCCUCUCCCCACUGCAGCCAAUCCCCAGCUCAGAGGGGUCAUUAAGACAGAAACUCAGGAGCCAGUACCAAGCCCCACGCACCCACCAGUGGUAAUUAAUCCAGCAGAUGAUGAUGAGGAUGAAGAUGACCAGUUCUCAGAGGAGGGAGAGGAUGGCAAGGUUGGUCCUUCUCCUAGAAAGCUACCCAAAUCAGAUGACUCACUGAAUUUUGGAGUGAGCACCCUGGAGGAGAUCCGGCUGAGGAAGGCACUGAAGGCCAGCAUGAAGAGAGCUGGUUACCCCAUCCAGAGUGCUGAUACCUCGGCCAACGGAGAGAAAGAAAAUAUCCAGUCAUUUUUUCGACCAGGCCUAUCUGAGGCCAGAGAUGGCGCACUUGUCUUUGAAGAAACUGGGAGACCAAGAGGCAGUGUGACUGAAAGGCUUGGAAGGAAAAUGCCCAACACUGAUGUAAAAAGUGGGAAAGGUUUCCAGCUAAAAAGGAGACUGGCUGAGCGUCUGGGCAGAGUUGUGGAUGAGCAGGAGCCAUUAACACCCCCCCAGAAAGUUUUGAAGCCUAUUAAGGAAAGACUCGGAUUGCCUGCUGUUCAUGUUGCACCCACUCAACCAGCUGAGACAAAAAUGGAGUCAAAGAAAGCUCAUGAGCAGAUCCGCAUCAAAACUCUAGAGGAGAUCAGACAGGAGAAGGCAGCAAAGUCUCAGAGCGAAAAUGAUGGCCUUUCGGUUGUGUGUCCAGAAAGCACAAAAGCCAUCACCACUAAAGCCACCAAGGGUGAUAAGCAAGCCAUCGCUGUCAGAGAUGACUCAAUUGGCCACGUCAAAAACUUCUCUGAGAUUCUUCGAGCCAAGAAGAAAGGGCAGGAAGAGCAGCAGGAGUGGAACCCCAGCCCUAAAAAGAUGAAACACACUGUGGAGAAAGCUCCAGACAAGAGCCAAGCAGAUUCCAUCAUGGUGGAGCCUGUUCCUGACACCAAAAAUGUGGGGAAGGUUAGAGUAAAGACCCUGGAGGAGAUCCGCAAGGAGAAGGCAGCGAGGAUACAGGCUCAACAGACCUUGGAGCCUGAAAACAAGAAGAGCUCUGAUACUGAAGAGAAUGGUGCUAAGAAGCCUCGCCUACUGCGCAUCAACAAAUUGGCUUCACAAACAGGCAACGUCACAACAGAGAAGAGUGCUGAAGUGACAGCGAAGCCACUGAAAACUCAAAGUGCUGCUCCUGGGACCAGCCCUGCCACAAGUAACAAUGUCAAGGUCAAAACGUUCGAGGAGAUCAUGCGUGAGAAACGCCUUCGCAAGCAGGAAAUGGAGGAGCAGGAUAAAACCUCAGCUGAAGCAGACCCUUCUCAGAAACAGACUGCUGAUUGGACCCUGAACAGGAAGGCUCCUGCUAAAGACAGUCUUACAUCACCAGGCUCUUCAUCACCUUCCUCCACCACUCUGACCCCUGACACUCAAAAGCUCUCUGUUCGUAAACUGAUCCCCCUCAAUUCCAAGGCUGCUUCAUCUCUGAACAGCACUACUACUCCCGGUACAACAGUUGCUGCCAUUACAGCUGUGACCUCAGUUCCUGUGAAGCAGAGCUCUUCUCAAAGUGAAGGUGAAACUGAGUCCCACUCACAGAGUGCCAGCAGCUCCAGUGAGGUCCCAGACAAAAACACAAGAAACUCCACUGCACUGUCACCAGCCAAGCAGUCCAGAGCAGCUCCUCAGGGUCCCACUGAAGAGGCUCCUACUGCUGAUAAAACACUGAACAAUAAUCAGAAGAAAUCUCCAGAACACACUACAGACACCAAAGUGAGGCCCAAACUGAAUGUGAAGCCAUCUGUCAUGAAGCCUGCAGUGCAGGUGAAACCAGGACAGAAGAGGAGGGGAACAGAGCGAUCUGCUGUUGCUGCUGUGAAACCUCUGAACAGCACCUCCACAGACUUGGAAGAGCCACUGCAGGAGACAGUAUGCAGAGAUGGACAGGUGUUCCCAUCCUCCAGUGCAGAGGCUCAGCUGAGCUCUGCUGUUCCCUGCAGUCCCAGCACCCUAAUGGACUCAAGCUCCAGCUCUAGCCCACUGAGAGAGGAGCUCCAGACUGUCCCUGUCUUUAAACAGAGUCUGAGCCAGGAAACCAAGCCGACCAUCAGUGUUGCUACUUCCAGAGAGGCCUGUGCUGUCCCCCAAAGCCCAAUCCUGAAGUCUCCCACUCAGCCAAAGGCACGGAGACAGAGCGCGGUUGUGAGCCGCACCACCUCCACCUCCAGCGCUGCUCCCUCCACCUCGGCUGUGGACGACUUUGAGGACCUGAUAAACGAGUUCACUGAUGACCAUCUGGAGGAAGAUGUGGACCCUGGUAUCGGAGAGGACGACCUGUUACAGGAACUGUCAGACAUGAUUGACAGCUGAGGGCUCCAUCGAGCACAAUCAUCACCCUGCCCCAAUUACUCACCUACAACCUUGUCUUGUGAUUCUGUAUUUACAAGUGAACAAAGACCAUCAUCCAACAUCCACCAUGGAGCAUUUUUAAUGACUUUGUUUUUCCCUCAGUAGUGCAACUCGUUUUAAGCUUUAGGUUCAUAUUUUUUGUUCUUUACCUUUUAGACAUCUUCUCUCAUAUACAAUCUUUUUUUCAUUUCCUGCCCAUGUGAUCAUCUUAUGGCCCAGGCUUUAUUCUGCGGGUUUUGAUUUUCUUUAUCAUGUUUUUGAGCAAUGUCCAGAAUUUCCUUGGCCCUGAGAAGUAAAAAUGAAAAAGGCUCCGGUACUGGGAGAAAUUGUUAAGAACAUCAUGAGAUUGUCAAGAAUUCCUGGAUGAUGUUAAUUGUUGGGAAUGAUGAAUGCCUCACUUUAGAGAGAAGUCAUAUUUGUAUACUGAGUAUGCAACGGGAAGACCAAGCUGAAAAUAGAAAUAAUGAAUACUGCUGCACUUAACAGUAGCCUGCCCCUAACUACUUGUGUUUUUGUUUUUAAAUUUAUGAGUCGAUGAGACUGUCGUUGCUCAGCUAGUUCCCAGAAUAAGACAUUUAAAAGUAUUGGUUUUACUUUAAUGCUGACCCCAUCUACAAAGCAGCAAAGGUCAGAACCUGAGAGGAGGUUAUGGCUGAAAGGAUUUUACAAAAUCCAUCAGUCAUGUUAAGGUGAGAAUCGUCUUAUCCUUCAGGUAUAUGUGGUUUAUAGAUUUUUCCACUCAGAUCUUAUGGAGUGCGCCUUCAGCCUGUGACUGUCCCUCUCAGAGUCGUUUUUAUAAUGUUUGACUGAAAUCUGUGUUUAUUUUUUAACCAGUUCCUUUAUUCAGUGGGCAAACUUUGAAACACCUAAUCUGGGAUAAACGUUUAAGCAUUCUCUGGUCUUUGUCAAUGAACACCUCAGGGACUGUUUCUGAUAUUUGUAUGCUCUUUAUAUGAUUAACAAACACUGAAUUUCAUUUCGACAACGCUGUCUUUAGUUUUUUGUUUGUUUUUUUCGCUUUUGUGCUAUCGUUUGUUUAUCUGUGUGAUCUUAGAUGAGAUCAGCUUGUCGUCUUAAUGUGUUUGCUCUUUCCUGACCCAUUUCCUCAAAAUUACUGUUAAAAUUGACUUGUACAAAUUGCUGUGUAAAUAAA